AUGCACAGCCCCGUAUCGAGCCGAUCCAGUUUCAGCAGCUACGACUCCUCGAGGCCCGAUCACGGCACAUGGCAACGGCCGAUGCCCAUCAAGCAGACUCGGCGGCGCAGAGAGCCCGGCGAGCUCUUUGCUAUCCUCCCGUCCGAGGUGCUGCAGCUCAUCCUCACCGAGCUCAGGAAGAUCCAUCUGCGCCCAAACAGCGAAAGCUGUGCAACAUGCAUGAUGAGAGACCUGUGCUCUGUGGCACAAACCUGUCGCCGGCUGUCAAAGGCUGCGCAGAAUACACUCUAUGAGGACAUUCAAAUCAUCGGCGCGGACUCGGCCGCACACAAGAAGCGCUUCAAGGGCACCACUGGCACACGACUCACACUAUUGCGACGCACGCUGCGGGCCAAUCCUGAGCUGGCAGGCUUGGUGCGAACUUUGAAAGUUCCAGCGACCCCUGUUGACGCUGUUGCGGAAAAGUACCAGGACAAGGUUGCGUCAGUUAUCAUGGCAUGCCCCAACUUCGAGCGCUUGCUUGGCUUCCACCAGCCAUAUGACCACUCGUUCAGCAGACUAUUCCACGCUCUGUCGACUCGUGAGAAUCUCAAGGAGAUGAACUGGUUCCUCGAGGCGGCCCCUGCAGUGCAAAGCAAAAACCGCUCUAAAGCACAGCCUGCCCCUGGUGCAGGCGAUAGCCACGGCGCAGAUCUCGAUAUGGAGAGGAGCACGACCUUUUUUGACCUACACAUGAAUUGGGCACGCCUGACGACACUGUCGAUACAUUGCGGACCCGACGCAGCGCUCGAUGGCAUCUCGAUGUUCGGCAUGACCUUGGCGAAUAUGCCUGCCCUCCAAAACCUGUACCUCUCGAACCUGCCAGUGACGGUUUUCAACGAUGCCACACUACUUUCCCUGCCACCGCUGCAGACGCUAUCACUGUCCAACCUACAAGGUGUGACAAGUGCAGGGUUGGCGGCUUUCGCCAGGCGUCCGAGCAGCCAUAGCAUCCGAAGGCUGACACUGCGACACCUCGGGAUCGACUCGCUGCCUGCGCUAGGCCGGCUGUUCUCUUACCUGACGGCCCUUGAGUCGUUCACAUUUGUGCAGUUUGAAGCGCCCGAGAUGCCUGCUGACGAGGUCAUCUGGCUGUAUCCGUACCUGGCUUCGAAUUCGCUUCAGAAGCUGCACUGGGAUGUUCCUACGUAUUCUGGGGGAGCCAGUGAGGCAGACCGGAUUCUGGCGAAGAGCAUUGCAUCACAGGGAUACCCGGCGCUGAGAGCCCUGCGGACGCCGCACGACCCUGAUGCCGUCUUCCAGGGCCUCUGCAGUCCACUCGAAAGAAUCGAUAUGGCGAGCGACAAAUACCGUGGUCUCAUUGCGAGGAUCCCUGACAGGGUCAAGGCUCCCGAACCAAGCCCACCGGUGACGCCUAUUUCUCCCACGUCACCCCGUGGCUUUGGCAAGCCGUUCUCCAACAUGAAGCUCACCAACGACCCACCUACACCAGUCGAGGCUCCCGCGUCAGAAUCGAGCCAUCUGGCGCAAUCUCGGCUCGCAGCACAGGGGAGGAUCGAGGCGGCGAAAAAUGUGCCACGAUUCCAGGUCAAUGUGAUUGACGAGGACGGGACAGUUCUGGAGAAAUUUGGCCUUGCCGGAUUCAUCGGGCAGGUUGAGUCCAAGACCCAAUACGUCGUCAAACCAGACCCCGGCGCCACCGACGAGAACGGCGGCUUGACAGUCAUCACAGAUCUGCUCAGGGACGGGGGUGAGGAGCUCAAGGACCGUGAAGGUUGUACAGGCCGGUGGCUCUCAUGGGCGGAGGGCAUGACGGCCGACAAGAAGGAGCGAGAGCGGUGGUGGCACACUGAAAGAGGUCGGUGGCAAGAGCUGCAGAUGUCCUAA